AGGCUUUCCAUCAUCGGUCUCACCCCAUCUUGUGCUCAUUUCGCCUUAACGGCCUGCCUGCAUCGCCCUCUAUACGACUCUACAGGACAGUCACUAUUGCUCUGUCCUUUUAUCUCCACGUCAUUCCGGUUUCCUAGUGGGACGGAUCUGGAAUCAUCGACGUUGUGGGGCGCGUUGCCACUUUGGAGGCAGCGAUUGGACUAAACGUUUAAACAAUCCAGGCGAUCCGACGUUGGAAUGUUUAGCGGCUACGGCUCGUCUGGCUUUGGCCAGCAGCAGCAGCGUCCUGCUAGCACCGGAUUUGGCGGAAGUAGCUUUGGUCAACCUCAACAGCAAUCAACUUUUGGCGGUUUUGGGCAGCAGCAGCCACAGCAGCAGCAACCAACACAACAGCCAAGCACAUUCGGCGGUGCGACUGGUGGAUUUGGCCAGACCAGUACGUUUGGUGGAACUCCAGGUGGUGCAUUUGGCGGAGGUACCACUCCCGGGGGUGCAUUUGGAAGCACUGGUUUCGGCAGUAGCGCUGGUACUUCUUCAUCAGGUUUCGGCAGCACGUCAACGGCACCGACUGGUGGAUUUGGCGGCUUUGGUACUGCGAGUGCUGCUCCAGCUACUGGCGGAUUCGGCGCAACCUCUGGAGCAGGUGCCUUUGGACAGAAACCUAGUACUGGGUUCGGCAGCUUUGGAGGGGCUACCCAACCAACGCCGAGUGGAUUUGGCGCGAGCACCACAGGUUUUGGCGGAGCGGCCACAAGCGGUUUUGGAAGCACUGCUGCCCCCACUGGUGGUCUCUAUGGAGCGACUGCUGGAGCCACGAAUGAGCAAGCCAAUAAUGGGACGGGUAACCCGCCCUUCAGCGCCCCGGCUGAGAAGGAAGGAAACCUGGGGGCGGCCGUGAACCUUCAUAACAUUAGUGCCAUGCCCGCCUACAAGCACUGGUCUACCGAUGAACUCCGAUUCCAAGAUUAUCAAAUGGGGAAACGGUUUGCUGGAACUGGUGCGGCUGCUCCAACGGGCGGGUUCGGUAGUGGAUUUGGUACGUCCACUAGUACGCUCGGGCAGACUACGCAAGGCGGAGCCUUUGGCACGACUACUUCUGCCCCUUCCGGUGGGCUUUGGUCUGGUGGUGGUGGAUUUGGGACCCAACAACAGCCGGCUUCGACCGGGACCGGAUUCUCAACAUUCGGAGCGACAGGUGGAUUCGGACAAACCCCAGCGGCAUCUGCUCCCGCCGGCUUUGGACAAACAACUACAGCAGCAACCGGAUUUGGACAAACCCAGCCAGCCACAGGGGGUUUUGGGGGCUUCGGACAAACGCAGCAACAAAAGCCAGCAGGAUUCGGGCUCGGUACCGCAACCUCCGGCUUCGGGACCGGUACAUCCACAUUUGGACAAACGGCCCCGUCAACCACGGGUGCCUUUGGAACUGCUGGCACUACCACCACUGGGUUCGGCCAAGGGUUAGGUACGAGCGCUGCUCCUGCUACAGGCUUUGGUCAAACGGCGACUGCCGGCGGGUUUAGUGGACUGGGAACAACCUCAACUGCAGCUAGCGCUUGGGGACAGAAACCUGCUACCACAGGAUUUGGCGGUCUUGGCCAGCCAGCCGCUACCACAGCGGCUUCAUUAUGGAGUUCAACACCUGCUGCCUCAACAGGCGCUUCUCUGUGGGGAACAUCAACUGCCGCAACGCCAAGCUUGUUCGGACAGCAGGCUCAGGCGCAACCGGCAACAGGCGGCCUUUGGGGUAAUACGGGAGCCACGGGCUUUGCGACUGGCUUAGGAGGCCAGCCAAGCGGAGGUCUUUUCGGGUCGGCUCAGCCAUCUACAGGUCUUGGGCUAGGUGCCAGCCAACCUCAAGUCGCUCAGACUGGAGCCUCGUGGUUCGGCCAACCGGCCACUUCAGCUGGAACAACAUCACUGUUCGGAAAUUCACAGAUUGGCGGGGGCCUGGGUCUUGCCGCUCCCGCAGGCGGAUCGCUCUUUGGUGGAGCUGUUACAACCGCGCCGAUGGGAUUCAGUGGAACACUUUCCUCAAUGCCGGGUCAACCUACUUUAAGUGCUAGCAUUGAUAAGAACCCUUAUGGAGUGAGCCAAAUCUUUGAACCCUCUACAAAGAAGCCAGAACCUACGCUGCUACCUCUCCCGGAAAAGAAGAAGCCGCCAAUGACACCAUAUGCGAAGGUGUCGGCUCGCGAAGCAUCCAAGAUUAAGCUUCGAGGUUUUGGACCAUCGCCGCUUACAAAGUCGCCUAUAAUCAACGGUGCUACUCGAUAUGAAUCGGCGAUUGGAACGCCGAAGGACGACGCAACUCUGGGUUUGGAUACCCGUUUCACACCCCGCAAGAGUGUACGGCGACUGAUUAUUGAAGAUGAACCUGCCGAGACAAAUGGAACGGCCACAACACCGGUUAGCAAAGGAAGGAGCACAACCAAGAAGACGGUCACGUUUGAUCCGCGCCUGGAAAGGACUGCUGCUCGUCAGCUGACUAAAGAGUUUGCCGAGGCCCAGGAGGAGUACGGCGGAGAGAGUCCUGUACCGGGAACGCCGCCUUCGGCGCGUACGUUAAGCAGCGCCUCGUCGAGCGUGCGAAGUGGCAGCCUCUUGAGUAGUCCCGGUUCACCAGGGACACCGACACCUACUGGCCGAACCUUGUCUGCUGUUUCGCCACCAUCGGCGCCAUCUACUCCGGGUAGUGAAGGUGUCAGAAGAUCGGCAUCUCCAGCUAGCACUCCUGGAAGUCCCGCACGGGGUUCUGACUACCAAUUGGAACCACCGAUAAGUCAGCUGCUUCUAAAGAGCGAUGAGGAGCUCAAAGCCUUGGAGAAUUUCAAAAUAUCUCUACCCGGUAUUGGCUACGUCAGGUGGCUGGAACCUGUUAAUCUCCUUGAAGCCUCUCCGACCAAAAACCGUGAAGGUCUUGGCCAGAUUGCUGGCACAAUUGUCACAUUUCAACCAAAGUUGAUUACCGUAUAUCCUGAUGACGCAACUAAGCCGCCGGUGGGGCAUGGAUUGAAUGUUCGCGCAGAAGUUGCGUUAGAAAAAUGCUGGGCUGUUGAUAAAACGACUAGAGAGUUCAUUUUGGAUGUAACUGAUCCCCGACACGAUCGACUUCUUAAAAAGCUCGAAAACAUGCCCGAAACUGUUUUCAUUGGUUUCCAUAAUGAAACUGGGACGUGGAAGUUCCAGGUGGAACAUUUCAGUCGGUACGGAUUGUUGGAUGAUGACGAGGAAGCGCCGCCACAGCCACCAUCGCAGCAAAAACGGCCACAAACUGAUCAGCAAAGUCCGUUUUUUCAGGACGCCCAGGUUGGCACACAAGGAGCGGGUCAACCCAAUCUGGGCGAUACUAGUGCAGACUCGGCGUUAGAGGACUCGAUGAUUCAUAUUAAGCGUCGUCCUCUUGUCCGGAAGCGACAAAUUGUUGACCUGGCUAAAGAGUGGGAAGAAAAUGUAAGCGAAGAUUCUGAACAGGAAGAGGAGAUACUAGAAGAAGAGGCAGAGGAAGAGAGUGAUGAUGAACCAAUGGGAGUCUCCAUGAUUUAUAGUCCGUCAAAACAUCAACUGCCAGUCUCAACGAGUCCGACGAUCGAAGAACCUGCAUCCCCUCCCCUCACUCCGCGCGAAAAGAGAUCAUUUCGAGAAAUGGAAACGGCUCACAGUGUGCAGAGAAUGAAGGCAUCGCUGUUUGGACCGACAACCAGCUCGCCUAAUCCGACGGCUAAAAAAGCGACACCUAGAAAAGCUGUUCAGUUCAAGGUACCGGAUGUAUCAAUAGGCGGUGAUUCCAGCUUUAGCGAGUCACAAGUAGACUGGUCCCUUUCCGUAUCUUAUACUCCACGAACGGGAGACAAACGCUCUCAUCUUGAUAUUCCGACGCAAAAGGGAUCUGAGGAGGUUGCGCGUCCUCGCCGUGGGUUUGGACUGUUGGACGAACUGGAAAACGCAGGAGCUGUGCAAACAUCGAUGCAAGUAGACGUGGAUGCGCAAGUUUCGCCUCCUGUGUCGCCAAAGAAGUACUUUAAAACGGACGCAAAGACUCUUCCGCCGCUGGAAAAGAGCGUGAUGUUUGGGCAAGAUAAGCAAAUCGUUGACGCGGGACUGAUGAUGGGGAGGAGUUUCCGAGUUGGAUGGGGUCCUGGAGGGACAUUUCUUUCAGUGGGUGGAGCUGUCGGCGGCAUCAAAUCCUUUUCAAACAUAUCCAUACAAGCUGUCAAAGUGUUUGGUAGCACGGAUGAGAAGACAAUAUCGAUUGAGCGCAAGCGGCACGAAAAGACUUUGGAAAAGGCUUUAAAUUACUCCACUACUGUGCGAACGGCUGUUGGAUUGGACACUAGAUGGGAGUAUCAGAUCCUUGAUGAAGAAGAGAAAGAUGAUACAUCUACUGGAGUUUCAUCAGUACCCAAAGCCGUUUGGAAGCCAGAUUUUCACUUUGUUCCUUUUGUUGACGCCAUGGUGGAGGGUAAUGACUGGCCACGCCUUCGUCACGGUGAAGAUCAAGUCUUGUUUGAAGAACAAGAGGCCCAAGUGUGGAAGCUUGCCAACGCUUUGUGGGAUCCACUAAAUCACUCGAAUGCGCCACAGUCGCAGUCACAGCUUUUGGAAAACGGAUUAAGGCGCGAGAUGAUCAGCCGGUGGCUAAAAGAAGCCGUUAUGAAAGAGACUAGUCGUGGGGCACAGUCAACGCAUGGUGCUCGCAAGAUAUUUAUACUACUCGCUGGUCGUCAAAUGGAUAAAGCUAUCAUGGCUGCCAUAGAGAACAAGGAUUUAAGACUCGCCAGUAUCCUGAGCCAACUUGGUGGACCCGGGAAUCGAGUCUUGGCGUUGCGUCGAAAUGCUCACUCUCGGGACCAAGGCACCGGUGGACAUGGCAUACCCGGUCGAUAUGGAACGGACGAGGUUGUGGCUGAGAUGUUAGUUAAACAAUUGGACAUUUGGGAAGCAGCCGAAGGGAAAGGUGGCAGUGGAAUUGAUGGCGAAUACAUGAAUGUUUGGAAAUUGGCGGCGGGCAACCUCGCGACCUGGGGAUUAGAAAUAUUUGAGCUUGUUCAAGAUUGGAAACGGACGUUUGGGCUAUUCUUUUGGUACGGUGGGUCAGCUGCAUCGAGUCUCAACGAGGCUCUUGAACAAUAUGAACAAGGCUUUGAAGCUUCGAAUGAUGUAAGGCCGCCACUGCCAGCGUACCUCGAGGCCACUCAGGAUAAAGUCACUGGAGACCGGCCCAAGGAUGUUUGCUUUCAUCUCCUUAAACUCUUUACGGAGCGGGAUUAUCUCCUUGAAACCGCCCUUGACCCCAAAAGUAUUUCACCGAACCAGCUUGACUAUCGGGUCAGUUGGUUAAUCUGGAAUAUAUUGGCAAAGGUGAAAAAGGUGCGGAGUUCCGCGGAUUCGAAACUGGAGUCUGUUGUCAUUCGCGAGGCUUUCCCUGAUGGCACAACCAUGGAAGAUGUUACCCAAGUCGAGGCACGCUCAGUAUCCACCGAGGAUCGUUUGACGAGGGACUUGAUGUGGCAGUUAGAAACGUUGGGCUUGUGGAAGUGGAGUAUUUAUGUUGCCCUUUUCUUUAGUCGGAUAGAGGAACGGGAAAGAGCGAUUCGAGAGUGUUUGGCUAGGUGGUAUCCUCUGGCGGAUAAUAGCGGGAGCUGGAUGGGUAAUUCGGCGGUACUAGAUGCGACGGAGGUGGACAUGAUAUGUGAUACUGAGGAGAGUGAGGAUUGGAAAUUUCUGGUCGAGACGCUCAAGGUGCCCAAGGAGUGGAUUCAUGAGGCUAGGGCCAUGCGUGCCAAGUAUGAGGGAAAUGUGGUGCAAGAAGCGAUUAGUCUGAUUGAUGCAAAAGAGUAUAUUGUUGCACAUCGGCUGAUUGUCAGUAAGAUUGCCCCUGAGAGGAUCGUCAAUGAGGAAUACGAUGACCUCAAGACACUGCUUGCGCACAUUCCACCAGAUGCAAUCGAGACGAGAAGUUGGGAGCGCGGCGGCAAACUCUUUAUGGACUACAUUGAGCUGAUGGAACAAGUACCAGAAGUCAUCAGCAAAGCACGAGAGUAUUCAGUUGGCUAUUCCCUCUGCAGCAGUCUUUUCUCCCGAUCCGUCCAUGCAGCAUCCAGUGCUAUUGACACUUCUGAACGACAUCGGCGUGCAGCACAGGAUGAUUUGUCCUCUAUUUGGAUGCCCAAGAUAACUCAAACGCUAGAACAGAUUGCCGAUGUGCGAACAUUUGCCACUCCAAUCGGGUUGGAUCGAUACGGGUCGUCGUCUUCUUCUCGAGAGGGUGUUGCAAGUCGGGUGUGUCGAACCGAGAUGGCGACACGACUUGUCACGUUAUGGGCGGAUAUUGAAAUAGUUGUUGGGGGUUUGGAGGGUGGCAAGAUUGAGCCUAUCAGUGGAGAACUCUUGGCAACUCUACCUAUCCCUACGGGAAGUCGCAUGAUCAUGUUACAUCGGGUUGCGGCGGGUUGGUUUGAACAAAUUGGUGUGGAUGCAUGAGGGAUUUUUUUGGAGGCACAGUGUGAGAUAUUGGAUGUAAUGGAAAUACACAGA